AAAUGAAAUACCUAAUAUCAAACUUUGACGAUUUUCUAAUUUUGCAGAAAGGACUAUCAGAAAGCCAAAUCUAAAUUAUCAGAAGAAAUGCAGGUCAUCUUGCAACAAAGGAAUGAAGCGGCUGAAAAGCAUCUCAAACUUGAGAGUAACGCGGUUUCUCGAUAUCCGGCAUGCAUGUACAAUGCCAUGUGUAGCACUUCAAGAAAAAUGGUCAGCAAGCAGAAGAUUAAGUCUGAUACAGAAAACUGCUGGAUUAUCGAAAAUGUCAUUAUCGCCGAAUGCGAUUUAAAAUUCGAACAUGACUUCUCUUGUGCCAAAUUCGAAAUACCCGAGGCAGUCGGCGUCGGUUGUUUUCAGAGCUUCUUUCAUCGAAACGUGUUGGCAUUCUGUUUGGGACCCCCGAAAAAAAAUCGUCUCAAUGGUCAUUCAAAUACCAAAUACAUGCAAAGCACAAAGUUGAAUGUCAGCUUGAAGAGCGGUGAUAGCAAGAAGAACAACCACAGAAGAACAUUAAUUGUUGACCAUUCUACUAUUUCAUAUGCAAUGAAACGUAUCUUGCAAUAA